CAUUAUUCUGGCAACAGUGCUAUGACAUGACAAUUUGUCAAUGCGAGUAUCACUCAUGUCAUGUCUAUUGGGUGAUUGUUAAAUUAGAGCUAGGUAGGUACUUACCAAUCGAGUAAGAUUUAAGAACUCAAUGUAGUCUAAAUAGGUAACAGUUUAAUGAUUAAGUAAUUGUAAAUAACCGAUAUGCAAAUGAGCCGCAUAGGAUCGCCAUCAGUAGGCAUGGACGAGGAUAGCGGCGCUGGACACGCACUCAGCGACUUUCUACUGCAACUGGAAAAUUAUAACCCUUCAAUACCAGAUUCGGUUGUCGCUUACUAUUUGAACAUGUCUGGGUUCGAAUCACAGGAUCCAAGACUAAUUCGUCUGAUAGCACUAGCUUCACAAAAAUUUCUAUCAGAUAUUGUAAAUGAUGCUUUGCAACACUGUAAAAUGAGGACAUCCAGUCAAAUGACUCAGAGUUCGAAGAAUCAAAAAGGACCAAAGGAGAAAAAGUAUGUGAUGACUAUGGAUGAUCUUGCACCAGCGCUGCAAGAGUAUGGAAUUACAGCGAAAAAACCACACUACUUUGUCUAAUAUAUAUUUUUAUGGGUACUGAGCCUUCUAGGUUAGAUAUUAUUUAUAAGAUUUCAUUAUAUUGGUAAUUAGAAAACCAAUAAUUAUAUUUAAGUUCAGUUUAAUACAGUCAAUAUUAAAUGGCUCAAAAUCACUGGUGUCUGUAUCUCUAAGCAUGUAAAGCUACUGCUCCUAUUAGGAAAUACAUAUAUUAAAGUUAUAAUGUCAGGGCAUUCCAUUGUGGCUGGGACAUUUAAAUCCAGAAUUCAACCCAUCCUGAGUUGGAACUAUGUCAAUAGGGAAUAUUUUUUAUUUACUUUCUAUUUAACUGUAUAUAACUUUAUUCAAAAAGUGUUAAUUAUGCGCGCGAAAUUCAAAUUUCUGAAACCCAUCUCCAUUGGUCGAAUCAAAACGUGACGGCAUAAGGCGCGUUAUAGGAUUUACAGUCAUACUUUGUUAGUCGUGUUUGAGAGAAAAAAAUAUUUUAUUUAUAUUCCUGCAGUGUUUUCCAAUACCUAGUGCAAAUUUGAUACAUAUUGAUAUUAGGAAUUAUCAAGAACAGUGGCGGAAAGUGGUUUUGUCAAAAUACGAUCGGACAAUCCACAAAAAAAUAGAUGCUUUUAAUAUGACCCCAUUUUUUUACAUCAAAUCCAAAUUUGAUGUCCGCUGAGGUCAAAGGAAUAAAAUCCUCAAGGUAAUAUAUGGUAUUUAUUUAUCUAUUAAAAUGGAUUUUAUGCAUACAUACUCAGCAAUACUUGCCUAGUCAUAAACUAAAAUGUUAACAGUCACUUAACUUUAUCAAAUUUUAUUGACUUUUGUAUGCCUGUGAAGUGUUCAAGUGUUUAAAAACACUUUAUCUGGUGUACUUUUAGUAGUGUUUUGGCCCAUUGGUACCAGGCAAUAUUCAUAAAAUUGUUUUUUAGCUUCUUCCAUGACAAAACAGCGAUUGAAAAUGAAUUUAUAACUUUGUGCAUACAGUAAACAAUAUGAAACGUACUCUGUGACGUCAUCCGAAGGGCGCGAAAAAUGACUGCGUUCGAACGACAAUUCAAAUAAUACUUAAACUAAUUCAAUCGUAAUUUUAAUAUUAUAUAUGUUUUAUAUAAUUUUUUUAUAAAACUUAAUUUUCAUUACACUUCCAACUAUAUUUAUAUUUUUACUACUUAUAUCAAAACGUUGUGAAAAUGAAUUAAACAAAUAAAAAAUAUGUAUGCAUAUUCCCUAUUGACCCCAUUCAUGGUAAUAAACCACUAAAGGUAAAGGACCACACUAAAUAGGUAUUUUUAAAGAAAUAAUCAAUAACCCUCAGGAAAAUGUAAUUUAAAUAAAUGUGACUGGUGUACAUGUAAUAACCAAUCUCUCAUUAUUUCGGGUUGGGUCUCUACUUGUUUGCACCAAGUUAAUCUAGCCUGGGUUGUCAUAUUUGGUAAAUGAGCUUUCUUGAGGUCUCUCUUUAUUUCGGAGGCUUCGUCACAAAAAAAAUAAAUGUGCUAGCCAUGGUACAACUAAAUAUAGAAGAAAUUUUAAAUUUGUUGCAAGUCGUUGUGAUUUGUGGAACAUGUAAAAAAAGAAUAAUUUUGACUUUUGCUCUCUGUGUCUGAAAUAAAUAUCAGAAUAUUCUAAUUUUCCAUUGUGUAUCAAAAGAAGCCUUUUAACUCAGAAGAUGUAGAUCUACUUACAAGGUAUCAUUUAUGAAGUUGUCUCCAUGAGAUUUAUAAUAAAGUCGUCUGUCUUGUCAUA